AUGACCACAGAUCUCUGUGUUGAAAGAGGACAUGGCAAGCCAGGCAGGGAGAACUGGACCAGAAAGAGGGAAUAUCUCCUGUCUGUGAUUGGAUAUGCAGUCGGACUUGGAAACAUAUGGAGAUUCCCAUACCUUACGUACAAACAUGGAGGUGGAGCCUUCCUCAUUCCCUACUUUAUCAUGCUGGCAAUUACAGGGCUGCCACUCUUUUUCUUAGAGAGCUCGGUUGGACAGUUCUGUAGCCAGGGACCCAUUAACAUGUGGAAAUCUGUGCCAAUAUUACAAGGUGUUGGAAUUACCAUGUUGCUGGUUAACACUUUUGUGGUGAUCUACUACAACGUCAUCAUAGCGUAUGGCAUCUACUACAUGUUCGCAUCGUUUCAGUACCCACUGCCAUGGAGCACUUGCCCAAGCUGGUUAGGGACGGAUUGCAACAACACUAUUAGAGAGCUUUGCAGUCUGACUGGAAAUGAGAGUGUGGUGGCUGAUUUGAAUCAAAAUUGUUUGGGAAACUUUGGGAUUAAUGCGUCAUUACAGAGCACCAGUGAGCAGUACUGGGACCGUGUGGUCCUCCAGCGCACUAGCAGUCUGAGUGAGACAGGGCCGGUGGUCUGGCACUUGGCCCUCUGUUUGCUACUGGGCUGGAUCCUGAUUGCUGCAGCUCUCUGCAAAGGCAUCAAGUCUGCUGGGAAAGCUGUGUAUUUCACUGCUAUAUUUCCAUAUGUUGGUCUCCUCAUCCUGCUAAUCCAUGGUGUUACUCUGGAGGGUGCAAAAGGUGGCAUCGACUAUUACAUUGGCUCCAAGUUGAACCUUACGAAACUGGCUGAGGCUGAGGUUUGGAAGGAUGCAGCCACUCAGAUAUUCUUCUCUCUGUCUAUUGCAUGGGGCGGUGUAACAGCACUGGCAUCGUACAACAAAUUUCAUAACAACUCCUUCAAAGAUUCCAUUAUAGUGUGCGUCAUAAACAGCUUUACGAGUAUCCUUGCUGGCUUUGUCAUAUUUUCCAUCCUUGGACACAUGGCACAUAUUUCUAUGAAACCAGUUUCAGAAGUUGCACAGUCCGGGUUUGGAUUGGCUUUCAUUGCUUACCCUGAUGCUCUUUCCAAACUUCCCAUAUCUCCACUGUGGUCCAUCCUGUUCUUCUUCAUGCUCAUAACUCUUGGUCUGGACUCUCAGUUUGCUGGAAUAGAGCUGAUCUCAACAUGUCUCCAGGACGCCUUCCCCAGACUCUUAAAGUCCAAACAGGGUCUCACGGCUGUGGUCACCUGUGGCGUACUCUUCCUGCUUGGUCUGCCAUGCGUUACUGGGGCAGGGAUAUAUUGGGUGAAUCUGAUGGAUACCUUCUGUGCUGGAUGGAUCCUUCUGGUCGCUGGAAUAUUGGAGGUCAUCGGAAUCAGCUGGUUUUAUGGUGCAAACCAGUUUAUCAAAGACAUUGAAAUGAUGAUUGGGACCAAGAGCAGCCUCUUCUGGUUGUGGUGGAGGGUUUGCUGGUUUUGUCUCACUCCUGCUAUUCUCAUUAUCCUUCUUGUCUGGUCAGUGUACACGUUCACUGCUCCCACAUAUGGCUCAGUGCAAUAUCCGCAGUGGGGCAUUGCUCUGGGCUGGUGUAUGGCUGCCUUCUGCCUCAUGUGGAUCCCAAUCGUGGCUAUCUGGAAGAUAAUAACAGCGAAAGGAAGCUUGUGGCAGCGUCUCAAAUCAGCGUCCUCACCUGCUGAAGACUGGGGUCCUUACCUGGAAUGCCACAAGAAUGAUCGCUACAAUUGCCAUACGACAGACACAAACGUCAUUGUGAUUUCAGACCAACCCACCACCAAUGUCUAAGAUGCUGAUCUGAGUCGAAUUUGUGUUUUUAUCAGUUACCUCCAUAUUUUUGUGAGUUAAAUUGGCAGUGCUUUAUGGA